CUAUGACCCUGUUCACCUUAUUUGAUAAUAAAAUCUCUGUUAGUUUCAUUAAUUAUUGACAUUAUUAUUCUUAUUUUGUUCCAUUCCCAUAUUCCGUCCGUACUCCGUUAAAAACCAUAAAAUUUUUAAAAAAAAAAAUUGAAAAAAAUGUUUCAUAAGUUUCCAGAUGAAAUUAUCGAUUUGAUCUUUGUCAAGUUGGAUGUGAGAGAUCUAGUCGAUAUUAAGCUUGUUAGUCGUGACUGUCAAAGUUUGGUUGAUGAUUAUUUCAAACAAAAAUACUUGAUGAUUAGUUUUGAAGAUUCCAAUGUGCAAACGAUUCAAAAACCAGGGAAGAUUCACUUGAAAAUGCCAGCUGGCUCGUUCAUGUACCUGAUGAUUCCUUAUAUCAACUGUAUAAAACUUGGCUGUAUUGAAGUUGACGAAGCUUUGGUUAAUUUUGUUCAGUCUUGCGACUUGAAUGAUUUUUACUAUUCUAAGAAGGUUAGCUUUGAAUUAAAGACUAAAAAUUUGAUUAGUUCGAAUCUUUUCCCUACCAAUGAACAAAUAUUCAGUUUGUAUGUUGACUCUAAGCUCGAUGUGACUCAUUUGAUCAACUCGUACGAUUUGCAGUUAACCCGGUUGACUAUUAGUAACUUUAUCUCGACAAACGAUUUGAUACAAGUUUUUGAGUAUUGUCCUGAUAUCACUAGUUUGAAACUAUACAUCAAACCAGGGAAUUAUUUCAACCGUUUUGUUGAUUAUUUGAAUCGCUUAGAUGUGUCCCAUUUAAAAUUGGUUAUCAUGGGUGAUACAAAUGAUGAUUUGUUUCAUUUAUAUACCUUGAUUAAAAAAAUCCAAUUACCAGAUUUACAAAGUUUGCAAAUUACGAUCAAAUCGGUUAAGUCCUGUGAUAUCAAUGCUAAAUUAAUGAUUUUAAUUCAUUUAUUAUCAAAAACUAAUUAUAAUUGUUUAACUAGCAAGAUUCAAAUUAAAAUUACCAUCAAUGAACCUCUAGUUAAUUAUGAUUUAACUAAAAUUGAAUUGAUUAAAAGCUUACCCGUUGUUUUACAAUUUAAGAAUAAUUUUGUCAAUAAAAAUGAAACUAACAAACCUUCUUGUAACUUGGAUUAUAUUUACAAGAAGUAUUCUUAUCUUCAAGAGAGUAUUUAG